AUGGUGAACCUCUCCAGCAAUGGAUUGGCAACUUUGUUUGGAGUUGCCGCAGUUUCGCUAGCAACAGGCUAUUAUUUGGGUCAAAUAUGUCCCUCCGUUAGGACCAAGAAAGAGCGGCUUCAAGAUAUCCUUUGGAAGUGUAAGAUGGAGGCAGAGCGGGAAAUUCUAAAUUCCGGCAAUGAGUCGGAAGAUGGAUACGAAGACGAUGAAGAAGAAGACGACUUUGAAGUCAAUUCUUUAGCUCUCAAUGAUAUACCGGGCGAAGUACGCAUGGCACUUGUCAUCCGUCAAGAUUUAGGUAUGAAAAAAGGUAAAAUUGCGGCUCAAUGCUGUCAUGCAGCACUCGCAUGCUAUCGUUUGAUUGCUUCCGAUGCGCUCCGGACGUCUUAUAAUCCAGAACUGUGCGAUCGAUGGCUCCACCAUGGCCAGGCCAAAAUCGCUUUGAAAUGUCCAGACAAGGAGGCCAUGGAUGAGCUUUUCGCUAAAUCCAUAUCGCUAGGCGUAAACUCUUACGUUGUCCACGAUGCGGGGCGCACUCAAAUUGCCGCAGGAAGCGCAACAGUCCUUGGAUUGGGACCAGCACCCAAAGCAGUACUGGAUCAGAUCACAGGAGAUUUGAAAUUAUACUGA